AUGACUGAAAUACAAACACCAGCGGGUGUUUUUAAUACAAGUAAAAACGAGUGGGCGCGCCGGGCGAGGAAGCUCAAUUGUCUGCGUGUUGAUAACCGAGUGCAGAUCGGACGACCUCCUCAUGACUUGCUGGAUGGCAGCGAGUUCAACAAGCUGUCGCGUGCGCUGUACCUGUGGUACUGCGACAACAUGCAAGGGGAAGAGGUGCUCGCUCUCAAGAGGUCGCUGCACCAGCGACUGCAGAGCCUUCCUAUCGUUGCACGUGCGGUGGUCGUUGGCUCCUCCAUCACCGGGCUUGGGGAAGCCAGCAGCGACCUCGACAUCUGCUGCAGCAUCAACAACCAACUCUUGGGAUACUCUCGUCAUCGGCCAGAGGAGCAGCUGCGCGAGAUAGAGAGGCAGCUCAAGGAUAGAAACAUGGUGCGCGAGAGCGAGGUGAUCCUGGCGACGGUACCCAUCCUGCGCUUCACGGACGCCGCCACCGGCCUGCGCGUGGACAUCAACGUUAGCGCCGCUACCGGCAUCAGGAACUCGCAUCUCCUCAACUCAUAUGCCCAGUGUGACUGGCGUGUACGCAUGCUGGUCGUGUGCGUAAAGAUGUGGGCCGAACGAUGCGGCAUUCGUGGCGGCGCCCGUGGGUUUCUUCCAUCGUACGCCAUAACCCUCAUGGUGGUGUUCUUCCUGCAGAGUGGCAUGAACCCACCGACGCUGCCUGUGCUGCAAGAGUGCUUGCCGUUCCGCUUCCCCAGCAGCGGCAGCACAGACCACACGAACAUCAGCCAACGCAUGCCUGUGUUCUCUCCAGCCCGACGUCGCCCCAUCGGGCAGCUCUUCGUUAACUUCAUCGCAUUCUAUGCCCACUUCCCGUUCGCGACGUCGGUGAUCUCGGUGCGCCUGGGCUACAGCUUCCCGAUGCACGAGGUCAUGGACCGGCGCGGUGGCAAACCGGCGCCUUUAAUUUUCGUUGAGGAACCCUUCACACGCGCGAAUGCCGCCCAAGCGCUUUUCGAUCCCCUGAAUUUCCAUAAAUUUGCCAACGCCUUCAAGAUGUCGGACUCGAUAGUCGGCGAAGUGUGCAGCGGCAGCCGCAGCCUGGAGGAGUUCCUGGAGCAGUGCGAUGCCUACGCGGCGAUGGCGCCUGAGCGUCCGCCUAACUGGGGUCUCAGCCAUGCACGGAAUAAUCGUCGUUACUUACAUAAUACUAAUUAUUGGGCGACUGCAAUGAUCCAAGCAGUCUCGGUUGGAUUAGCUCCGGCUGCAGACCAAGCUUCCGCCACAGACCAGGGUCCCGCGACAGACCAAGCCCCAACGUCUGACCAAACCCAAACGUCUGACCAAGCCCCAAAGUCUGACCAAGCCCCAAAGUCUGACCAAGCCCCGACGUCUGACCAAGCCCAAAUGUCUGACCAAGCCCAAACGUUUGACCAAGCCCCAACGUCUGACCAAGCCCCAACGUCUGACCAAGCCCCAACGUCUGACCAAGCCCCAAUGCCCCAACGUCUGGCCAAGCCCCAACGUCUGGCCAAGCCCCAACGUCUGGCCAAGCCCCAAGGUCUGGCCAAGCCCCAAGGUCUGGCCAAGCCCCAAGGUCUGGCCAAGCCCCAACGUCUGACCCGGCCCCAAUGUCUGACCAAGCCCAAACGUCUGACCAAGCCCAAACGUCUGACCAAGCCCAAACGUCUGACCAAGCCCAAACGUCAGACCCAGCCCAAACGUCAGACACAGCCCCAGCGCCUCAAUUCAAUUCGAAAAUAG